UACCUUUUGUAAUAGCGUAUCAAUACUGCUCUAGCUGCACUGCACUUCUCCACUCAAACCAGGGCUUGUAAUUCGGCGGGGUGACAGCGAAGCCGAGCAGGACGAAAGGAUUGGGCCCGUUGGGGGCACCUUUAGAGUUUUAUACGACCCAAAACACUCUGACACACCCUAGACCACUUUUUGGAGGAUGCGGGAGCUAGGCUUAUCGUCGGCACCACACGGCCUGGGCUUUCCCUUCCCAGAUUGGUGGCGCAACCUUGAGAAGAAUGAAGGGCUGCAGACAUACAGCAACUAUGGGAUAGGAGGUGCUUACGGACUAAUUGGGCUAGUCGCUCUUGUGCAAUUGCUACGAUUACAACUACGGGUGCCGGAAUACGGAUGGACGACGCAGAAAGUAUUCCACCUCCUUAAUUGCUUGGUGUCAGCAAUGCGAUGCGCAGUGUUUUUCUUCAGACCAGCGCUAGAGGGGCUUCACCCUGUUGUCACCAAGCUCAUGCUGCUUGACCUGCCUGGACUGCUGUUCUUCACCACCUACACGCUGCUCGUCCUCUUCUGGGCGGAAAUCUACCAGCAGGCGCGGAACCUGCCAGCAGCGGCGCUGCGGCCCAUCUUCCUCAUCAUCAACAUCAUCGUGUAUGCCGUACUGGCCGGUCUCUGGGCCCUCACCACCUUUGGCAAGACCAGCGACGUGCAGGAGACCGCCUACACCGUCUCCAACAUCUGGCUGGCUGCCGUGUUCCUGUCGGCCGCCGCGGGCUUCCUGCUGUACGGCGGGAGGCUGUUCGUGAUGCUGCAGCGCUUCCCCAUCGAGUCGCGCGGGCGGCGGAAGAAGCUGCGGGAGGUGGGGCUGGUGACGUCCAUCUGCGCCGGCUGCUUCACGUUCAGGGCCCUCAUGAUUGCCACCUCCGCCGCCGACCGCAGCGACCUGGAGGUGGACAUGCUGGGCCACCCGCUGCUCAACAUUGCGUACUACUGCGCGGCGGAGAUCGCGCCCUCCGCAUGCGUGCUGUACAUACUGCGGCGCCUGCCGCCCAAGCGCAACAGCCAGGGCUACCAGCAGAUACCCAGCCAGUAGUGGUGCCGGCGCAGCUGUCUGUCCGUACCCUAGCACCUAAACCCUAGCACUUCUGGAGGAGGAGGAAGCGGCUGGCAGUUC